AUGGAUAAGGAUUCAAGGGCAAGAGAACUGUCACUGACUCGCAGUUUACACACGGCUCUCAAAGUUAAGGACAGUAAGACCGGAAAAGUUAUUUUAAAAGACAACGUCUUCGAAGACGCUAAACUAGAAGAGCAUAUUAACCAUAUAGAACAUUUGCAAAAGAAAGAGGAAAGCCGGUUACGAUGGGAGAAAGAAUUUAUGAAAAAAAAGUUACUUCGACGCGGUAACUCGAAUCCAGAAUUAUUAACCUUACCACCAAUUGAAGUAGGAGGAAGACUGAGUUGCAGUCCAAGAAUUAGUAGAAGUGUAAAGAAACGCUAUAUUAAUAUGGAGGAGUUUUGUUCCGAUGAUUCCUCGCCAGAACGUAGCUUAUAUUGUUCACUGGAAGAAAUUCAAGAGAAACCACGACUUAGUGUGGUCUCCACGCGGUCGUUACUCGCCUCGCACCCGCAGUCAGCAACUUUACCAGCUCUGUUAUCGCCGAGUUUGACAAGGAAAGACUCCAUGAAUGAUCCUAGAUUUAGAAAGCUGUUACAAAAUCUGGUUCCCAAGACUGAACUCAAGAAGACCAUGUCCAGCGAAAUAUAG